AUGUUUCUCACACUAUUUGCAAGUGUUCAGUCAGUGGAAGCCACUGAAGUUACAUUUGGCCCAGGAAGAGUCAACUUCACAGGAAUCAACACAACAACAAUUGUUCUUCCUAAGAAGACAGAUGAAAAAGAUGUAUAUUUCGUAAUCCAUAAUCCAUUCGCAUUUGAAACAGAUGGAAAGAAGAUCCCAGCUCCAGUUUAUAAGAAUGUUGAAGAAAUUAAUCUUACAUUCCGCCAUCAUAAGAGACCAAUUCUUGAGUACACAGUUCUUGGUAUUGAAGCUAACCAAUGCGAUACUGUUGAUUUUGUUUUUGGUGGUCACAAGAAUUUCACAUUUGGCAACAAGAAGUUCGACGAUGUUGAAUUAAAGAAUAAUACAAAGGCUUGCGUUGCUUUUGUAUCUCCAUUCGAAACAAAUUACACAGUUAAAGCAAUCAAUGCUUCUGCCAGUGCCUCAAUUGAAGUUUAUGAUUACAACUUUGAAAAUGGCCAGACAGUUUUAGACACAACAUCACUUAAUGCCACAACAAUUGUUGCUCGCCUUACAACAGCAGAUGUUGCCUCUGGUUUAUUCAUUGUUUCUCAGAGACCAAACUUCCCACAUCCACCACAUAAUGAAACAGAGAAGCCAAACUUCCCAAGAAAUGAAACAGAUAAACCAGCUUUAAUCGGAAAGUUUGAUGGCAAGAAGGAACGCAAAGAUCGUCCACAUCCACACCCAGGACACAUGAAUCUCCGUUUCCAUGUUGCUGAUGAUAACAGUUCAGUCAAGUUCAGCCAAGUUGCUGCUGAAAAGGAAAUCCCAGAUCAUCACCAUGAUGAAAACCAUGACAGAAAAGAUCAUCAUGACAGAGACAACAAGAAUAGAGAUGAAGAUCGCAAGGAAAGAGAUAAUGAUCGCAAGGACAGAGAUGAUAAGAAGAGAGAUAAUGACCACAAGGAAAGAGAUAAUGAGAAGAAAGAUGAUGACCGCAAGGACAGAGAUGAUAAGAAGAGAGAUAAUGAUCGCAAGGAAAGAGAUAAUGACCACAAGGAAAGAGAUAAUGAGAAGAAAGAUGAUGACCGCAAGGACAGAGAUGAUAAGAAGAGAGAUAAUGAUCGCAAGAAAAGAGAUAAUGACCACAAGGAAAGAGAUAAUGAUCGCAAGGACAGAGAUGACAAGAAGAGAGAUAAUGAUCGCAAGGAAAGAGAUGACAAGAAGAGAGAUAAUGACCACAAGGAAAGAGAUGAUGAGAAGAAAGAUGAUGACCACAAGGACAGAGAUGACAAGAAGAAAGAUGAAAAACCUCAAGGUGAUCGUAAAGAUCGCAAAGGAAAUAAAGACAAGAAACAACACAGAGAUGAAAAGAAAACAGAAACAAAACCAUCUGAUUCAUCAAAUACAGGUAGUGAAGAAAAGGGAUCUACAGCCAAUUCAAAGUCGGGUAAGACUAAUGGAAUCAUGAAUAACAAAGCAUUUAGACUUGGAAUGUUCAUCGGUGUCCCGGUUUUGGCUGUCUGCAUCAUUGCAGGCGUUAUUGCUGCUGUUGUCAUCCGUUGCAAGAAGUCAAGGAGGAAUUACACAGAUAUCACAGCCAUUGAAACGAACGAAGAAGUUCCAAUUGAAUAUAACCAUGCUGCCACAGAAAAUCUUGUUUAA